AUCUGGUAUGACGUCUGCUGGAAUAGCUAAUAUUCGACGCAACUUAAUGCUGAAAUUGCUGCCACUCAGGGGAACAUCUUAUUACGUCCGAAACAGCAUAAUGAUACUCAGAAACCCGAGUUUACUGUCUACCCUCUCAACAGCUCGUUGCGCCCUCCAACAUCGCCAAUUCAGCUGCAGCGCAUCCCGGGCAGCAAAGAACCGCAUUUUCAAUUCUAUCCGCCGGCCUGAUGACCUCCAUACUCUCAACCUUCUCUCCUCGUCCUCAUCUACGCCGCUACUUACAUUCUGGUCGACCGCCUGGUGCCCAUCUUGUAGCACUGUACGGCCGCUGAUACGCGAAUUGAUCGAAGAGCAUGGCGUGGGAGAAAGUGAAGGUGGGAUCGGGUUUGUUGAAGUCGAGAUGGAUAGCCCAGAGAUUGGCGACCUGCCGGUGCAAUAUAUGAUCGCGUCGAUGCCCACGCUGAUGGCGUUUUCGCGCGGAGAGCCUCAGGUUGAGACCAAGGUCACUUUACCCGAGAAGAUGAAGGAUAGGGCAUGGAUAGAGGAAUGGAUAAGGACAGAAGCGAAAAGAGGCGGUGCUGGUGGUGCCGGCGGAAGUAUAUUUGGAAGCUGGUUUGGAAAGGGGUGAAGAAAAUGACAUUGUAUUCUCGUUUACGAAUGUUGAGUCGCCAGGCUAUCUAAAGAUCAUUGCGUAGGCUGUCAGCUUCACUUAGAAUCUCCCUCAUCCAGCUGGUCGUGACUUCUUCAUCAAAUUCGCGCAGUCCCGGCGUCCGUCCCAACAUCACCCCGUUCUCUCCUGUUUCGGAGC